CCACCGCUUGACCUUGUCAGCCGCAUGCGGGUCGAUGGUCGGCGACUUGGUGUUGAGAAGCUUGUGGAACCACCGUGCCCACCGUUGGCGAAUAAACGUGGGGUCCCGAAGGACCUUGCCGUCCUCGUCCUUGAUGUUGUGAGAGGUGAACGACCUCUUACCUUCGACGUCGAUCAUCUUCAGGUGCCUGUAGAAACCCGCCUGAUCCCCCUCGCGGCUCUUCUUCUCGAGCUGCCGUACAUAGCCCUCGAAGAACGUUUCCAGUGCUCUCCACCUCGCGAUGCUGCGCUUCUUCCGCGCCGCCUUGAGCAUCGCCUUCAGGUCGCCUCGCAGGCGCUGUUCUUUGAGGCCCCGCGCAGUUGCUGCUGGGCCGCCUUAAUCUCCUUCGACGCGUCAGAGAUCUCGUGCUGCGCUUCGCUCGUGUACCAGCCUCUCUGCCCUCGUGCGCACCUCGCCAGCGGCGCGGUCUCAGCAGCGGCCGACAUCACCGUAGCCGUCAGCUCGGCGGCGGUCUCUCCCGUUGGCCGCCUGAGCGCCGUGGGCGGAGGGCGGCUAGAGGCCCUGUUUUGGAAGGCGACCCGUGCGGCCAAUUUCUAG